UGGUUAACUCUAGGUAACUCUAGGGUCAUACACUCAUACGGAGGCUAAUUGGCCAUAGAAUAUGGACGGACUCACGGUCGAAGGUAGGCAGGUAGCUGACUGCUGAUUACUGUAGUACUGUGUACUGUCUACUGACUAGCUACUCUGCGUCUCUGCUGCUACUGCACUACGGCAGUACGGCACUCCCAUUCGGCAGUGUCUACUAUGACGGGAAAAAGGAAACAAGAGUCGGGGGCUUCAAGAGAAAAAUUAAGAAAAGAAAAGAUGAAGUAGUGCAAUCUUUUGCGGGUUCCAUUGAUAGGCGCCAGAGAGAAGUUACCAUGAAUACCAGGGUCCCAUUGCAAUGAACCAGAUGAAUUUUCUGAACAAAGGUGAGAUCCUAAAUAUUUCAUUGGAAGAGAAGAGUUCCUCAUUCCCUAGAUAUUUUUAAUAGUUGUGCUUCUAUGCAUACAGGUAGAGAAGAAGUCAACUACAGCUGCUCCAAUCUCAGGUUCAACAAAAAGAUGGGAGAUUUUCAAAACAUUUGUCAAAUAUCGUGAUGGAAAAGGUCUUACUCUAAAGUUGUGGUCUGAUACGCGUUGGGAAAAUCGUAUUGCUAGUGUUAGAGCAAUCAGAUUUCAGACACCAUAAAUACAACAAGCAUUGGAGCAUUUGAUGAAAACUAGUAAUGAUGUUAGCACUGUGAGUGAUGCUAAAUCCUUGUCUGAAUAUGAAAUGAACUUUGAUUUUAUUGUUAGUAUGGUAAUUUGGUAUGAGGUAUUAAACAAAGUGAACAAAAUCAGCAAAGUGCUUCAACAAAGAGAUAUGAAUGUUGGUGCGGCUUUAAAUCUCUUGAAAGGAUUGAUUGUAUUUUUCAAAGAAUAUAGAGAAGAGGGGUUUGAAAAGGCCAAAAUUGAAGCUCAAAAUAUUGCCAUUGAGUUACUCAUUGAGCCUCAAUUUCGUGACAUUCGUAUUCGAACCAAAAAGAAGUUUUUUGAUGAGAAAGCAGUUGAUGAGCCAAUGAAGUCAGCUUAAGAUGUGUUUAGAGGAGCAUAUUUCUUAGUAGUUGUUGAUAAUGCUAUUUCUUCAUUGGAAACUAGAUUUCAACAAUUACAGAAAUAUGAAGAAACUUUUGGAUUCUUGUAUAAUCUGAGUAAGCUAAGGACGAUAAGUGAUGAAGAGUUGGCUCGUUCUUGUGAUACCCUUGGGAGUUUUUUGACGCACGGGGAUGAUUGCGAUAUUGAUUCAAUUGAGUUAUUUUCGGAACUUCAAUUGUUAAGCAAGUCACUGCCUGAAGAUAAAAAAAAUCAUUGAAGUGAUGGAGUACAUUAGAGAGAUGCAUAUUUUUUUCCCGCAUGCUUGGAUUGCUUACAGAAUUUUGUUAACUAUGCCCGUGACAGUUGCAUUUGCCGAAAGAAGUUUUUCAAAGUUGAAGUUGAUAAAGAACUAUAUCCGCUCAACAAUGUCACAAGAGAUGUUAAGCGGGCUCGCUAUGCUAUCUAUAGAAAAAAAAGUAUUAUCUACUCUUGAUUGUGGUGAUGUACUUACAAAUUUUAUACAUCAAAAAGCAAGAAGAACAUGUUAUUA